AUGGCCGCACCAGUAGUGACCGUGUCCGAAUCAAAGGACCUGCGCGGGCUGAACCUGAUCGCGGCUCACUCCCACAUUCGAGGCCUCGGAGUCGAUGCCACCAGUCUCGAGCCCCGAGCCACGUCGCAAGGCCUCGUCGGUCAAGAAAAGGCCCGAAAGGCCGCCGCCGUGAUCCUGCAGAUGAUCAAGGACGGCAAGAUUGCCGGCCGCGCAGUCCUGAUUGCCGGUCCGCCAAGCACGGGAAAGACCGCCAUCGCCAUGGGCAUGGCGCAGUCCCUCGGCCCCGACGUCCCCUUCACCUCGCUCGCGUCGUCGGAAAUCUUCUCGCUGGAAAUGUCCAAGACGGAGGCCCUGACGCAAGCCUUCCGCAAGUCGAUCGGGGUGCGCAUCAAGGAGGAGAGCGAGAUCAUGGAGGGCGAGGUGGUCGAGAUCCAGAUCGACCGCAGCGUCACCGGCAGCACCAAGCAGGGCAAGCUGACCAUCAAGACGACCGACAUGGAGGCCGUGUACGACAUGGGCGGCAAGAUGAUUGACGCCAUGACCAGGGAGCGCGUCAUGGCGGGCGACAUCAUCUCCAUCGACAAGUCGUCGGGCAAAAUCACCAAGCUGGGCCGGUCGUACGCGCGCUCGCGCGACUACGACGCCAUGGGCGUCGACACCAAGUUCCUGCAGUGCCCGGACGGCGAGCUGCAGAAGCGCAAGGAGGUGGUGCACACGGUGACGCUGCACGAGAUCGACGUCAUCAACUCGCGCACGCAGGGCUUCCUGGCCCUCUUCUCCGGCGACACGGGCGAGAUCCGCAGCGAGAUCCGCGACCAGAUCAACACAAAGGUGGGCGAGUGGAAGGAGGAGGGCAAGGCCGAGAUUGUCCCCGGCGUGCUCUUCAUCGACGAGGUGCACAUGCUCGACAUUGAGUGCUUCUCCUACGUCAACCGGGCGCUCGAGGACGACCUGGCCCCCGUCGUCAUCAUGGCCAGCAACCGCGGCAACGCCCGCAUCCGCGGCACCAGCUACCGCAGCCCGCACGGCCUCCCCGUCGACUUCCUCGACCGCGUCGUCAUCAUCAACACCCACCCCUACGCCGCCGAGCACAUCCGGCAGAUCCUGUCCAUCCGCGCGCAGGAGGAGGAGGUCGACGUCUCCCCGGACGCCCUGGCCCUCCUCACCAAGAUUGGCCAGGAGGCCGGCCUCCGCUACGCCAGCAACCUCAUCAGCACGUCGCAGCUCGUGUCUGCCAAGCGGCGAGCCAAGCAGGUCGGCGUCGAGGACGUCCAGCGCAGCUUCCAGCUCUUCUACGAUCCCAGCCGAAGCACCAAGUUUGUCGCCGAGUCCGAGAAGCGGCUGAUUGGCGACGACGGCGCAGUGGAUUUGUCGGUGGCGGCGAACGGACCAGCCGCCAGCGCCGAGAAGAUGGACCUGAGCUAG